AUGGAUCACCUAACGCCUUCGUUCAUCGAGUACUGCCAUGCCCACCGAAUACUACUCGCAGUGUUUCCCCCUCACGCUACUCAGAGCCUCCAGCCACUUGACGUUGGUGUAUACUCACCUCUGGCAACCGCGUACAGUAUCGAGCUCACCAAUCUACUCCACAGCGAUCAAGGGUUGCUCAAUAUGCGGAAAAGUGAUUUCCUCCGCAUAUUUUGGGCGGCAUAUACAUCUGCUUUCACGGCCGACAAUAUAUUAAGUAGUUUUCGAGCCAGUGGAAUCCAUCCGCGCGAGCCCGACGUCGUAAUGAAACGCUUCAAAACACCACCACCACGAGCCGGUAUAGAUACAGAAAUUGGAGAGGCAGGUGAUGGAGAUACCUGGUGGGAGCUGUCAAGAAUUUUUGCCGCUGCGGUGCCGGAUACAUCAAAAAAUGCAGCCAAACAGCUUAAACAGGCAUUCCAUUCAUUGCAGAUCCAAAACGAGCUUUUGCACCAUGAAAACGACGAACUGCGCGUCAGUAUUACUACUAGAAAACGCCGCAAAUCUAAACGUAAGCUUCUCGAUCUGCAGCAGCACGAAGAGUAUCAUAGCACAGCUGUGAUAUGGAGCCCACGAUCAGUGACGGAGGCCAGAGCCCGCGAGGCAGCAGAAUACAGCUAA